AUGGAAAAGGACAUUAGUGAUCAGAAGAUUAGUGAUACUGCUGAAUCUUCUUCAGAGAAUUGCAGUCCUGAAGUGAAUCAUGUUGGAGUUGCUCUUAGUAAGUGUAAUGUGUUAACAAAAACUAGCUGUGUGUUACAAACGGCUAGAGUUAAAGUGUAUGGUGAUUCAGGUAUUUGUUGUGAAGCCACCUUGUUAUUUGAUACUGGCUCUGAUAGAUCUUAUGUGUCCAGUAAUUUUGUGAAGAAAGUUAAGCCUAAGUGGGUGAGCUCGGAGACGGUGUCAUAUGCUGCCUUUGGAGGUAGUAAGUCUCAUCCAGACUUUCAACUUGCUGAUGAUUACAAAAAUAAUAGUCACCUGAGUAUAGAUAUACUAGUAGGUUUGGAUGCUUAUUGGGGACUUAUGGAUCCUGAAAUUAAGCCAUAUCAGAGAAAUGGAUUAGUAGCCCAAAGGUCUGUCUUUGGUUGGGUUUUGUCUGGCUCAUGGAUGAAUUCUACUAACAAGCCAUUUGAGUCUACCCAAAUGUUAUGCAUAGGAAAUGUAACAGAUUCUGAUUUACGGGAAUUUUGGAGUUUAGAAUCUGUUGGAAUAACUCAAAAGGAAACUGUUACUUGCCCAUUUACCUCAGACCCUGUUCUACAACAAUUUUGUGGAAAUGUUAAGUUUGAUGGGGGGCGUUAUGAAGUAGGCUUACCCUGGAAGUCGGAUGACUGUAAGAAGAAUCUUAGAAAUAAUGAGGGACUUGCUAGAAAAAGACUAGAAGGAUUAGAGCGGAAGUUAGAUAAGGAUCCACAACUUAAGGAACAAUAUUUUGAUGUGUUUACUGGUUACGAAGAUGAGGGAAUAAUUGAGGAAGUCCCUUCAAAUGAGAUUGUAAGUUCUCAGCCCAUUUAUUAUAUGCCUCAUCGUCCAGUUGUUAAAGAAAGCAGUACUUCAACUAAGAUUAGACCAGUUUUUGAUGCUUCUGCAGCUAGUUACAAUGGCGUUUCUUUAAAUGAUUGUCUUGAGUCUGGUCCUUCACUUAAUCCUGAUCUUGUGAAAGUUUUGAUUCGUUUCAGAAGGUGGAAAGUUGCACUGACUGCUGAUAUUACCAAGGCUUUCUUACAGAUCUGUGUUCAGCAAAAGGACCGAGAUGUUCAUCGCUUUCUUUGGAAAUGCAAAGACUCCAUUAGAAUUAUGAGGUUUGUGCGUGUCCCCUUUGGCAACACAUGUAGCCCUUUUUUGCUAAAUGCAACUAUCAAAUAUCACUUACAGUCUUUUCCUAAUACUGAAGUCAUAGAAGAAUUAAAGGAAAACCUUUAUGUGGAUGAUUGGCUGUCAGGGCAGACAGUGCUGAAGAGGUUCUGA